CAGUAAAAGAAUGUUGUGAAUAUAUUGAUAAAUUUAUUCGUUUAAAACGUUUAUACGAAAAGAAAGAGAUUGAAAAACAAUUUUUAAAUCAAAUGGGGAAUGUUUGGAGUGCUUGUAUUCAUUUAAAGAAUGGACAAAAUUAUCAUAUUGAAGAAAAUUUAAAAGGACAAAGGGAAAUUUGGAUGGAAAAAAUUGCUGAGAUUUUUAAAGAAUUGAAUAGGAGAGAUUUAAAUAAAUUCAGAAAUUUAAUAUUAGAUAAGAGUAAGUUUAAAAAUUCAAAAAAAAUAUUUUAAGUAUUUUUAUGGGGGUUUUAAUGAUUUGUUUGGUAGAGAUGGGAAGCAGUGCUGGUUAUGGCUUCGGAGCAGCUAUGCCUGAAGCUGGAGUCGGAACUAAGAACUUUGAAAAUUGCAGCCGGUGUCAAUGG